CGCUGUCUCCCACCAGGUUAAGGCUUCAGAGCCUCGCACGCGGCCUCCGCCUCAGGUACGGCCCAGGUUGGGAGGGUGCUUCGGUAACUUCCGGGCGAGACCUGCGCAUUUCCGGUCAAGAUGGCGGCGCCCACCAGAGUCAGGUGUGGGCGACUCUGUCUUUAGUAGCGGCGGCGACUCGAGGCCCGGGGAAGCAGACCCUCAGGAGUCGACCCGUCAGGACGCCAGAGGUACCUCAGCGGUGAUCACCCCCUACCCCAAACACAUCCUUCCCUUCACAAACAGCCCAUGGCGGACCAAGGCUCGGGGGGCAGCCGCCUCCCCCUGGCGCUGCCCUCAGCCUCCCAGGGUUGCUCAUCAGGGGGCGGCGGCUCGUCGGUGGGGAACUCGGGCCAUCCUCCGCCCCCGAGAAACCUCCAAGGCCUGCUGCAGAUGGCUAUCACGGCGGGCUCCGAGGAACCAGACCCCCCUCCAGAACCCAUGAGUGAGGAGAGGCGGCAGUGGCUGCAGGAGGCUAUGUCAGCUGCCUUCCGGGGCCAGCAGGAGGAAGUGGAGCAGAUGAAGAACUGCCUUCGAGUACUGUCCCAGCCUACACCCUCCUUGGCUGCUGAGGCUGACCUGGCCGCUGACCAGCAGGAGCGCGAGGGGGCCCUGGAGCUGCUGGCCGACCUGUGUGAAAACAUGGACAAUGCUGCAGACUUCUGCCAACUGUCAGGCAUGCACCUGCUGGUGGGCCGGUACCUGGAGGCGGGGCCCGCAGGGCUGCGGUGGCGGGCGGCGCAGCUCAUCGGCACAUGCAGCCAGAAUGUGGCGGCCAUCCAGGAGCAGGUGCUGGGCCUGGGCGCCCUGCGCAAGUUGCUGCGGCUGCUUGACCGGGACGCCUGCGACUUGGUGCGCGUGAAGGCUCUCUUCGCCAUCUCCUGCCUGGUCCGGGAGCAGGAGGCUGGGCUGCUGCAGUUCCUUCGCCUGGAUGGCUUCUCCGUCUUAAUGCGGGCCAUGCAGCAGCAGGUGCAAAAGCUCAAGGUCAAGUCAGCGUUCCUGCUGCAGAACCUGCUGGUGGGCCACCCCGAACACAAAGGGACCCUGUGCUCCAUGGGGAUGGUCCAGCAGCUGGUGGCCCUGAUCCGGACAGAACACAGCCCCUUCCAUGAGCAUGUGCUUGGAGCCCUGUGCAGCCUGGUGACAGACUUCCCCCAGGGCGUGCGGGAGUGCCGGGAGCCUGAGCUGGGCCUGGAGGAGCUCCUCCGUCAUCGCUGCCGGCUGCUGCAGCAGCACGAGGAGUACCAGGAGGAGCUGGAGUUCUGCGAAAAGCUGCUACAGACCUGUUUCUCCAGCCCGACGGAUGACAGCAUGGAUCGGUGAAAGCUGGUGGCUUGUCACCCCCUCUCCGUGGGAAGCCCAGGCGUGCUGCCUCCCAAGGGAGAGCAGGGCCUUGGUGGUGCGCGGCCAGGGCGUGCCAGCCCGUCUCUGCUCAGCCCCUGCCGGGGGCGCUGACGAAGGCGCCGGCUCCCUGGACCCCACCCCUCGCGCUCUCGCUGCGUUCCCCCUUCUGUGUCCACACUGCUCUUCCAGUAAAGGUGUUUCUCCU